AUGCUAGGCGGCUAUUGGCAUCAUUCUACAUUCUGGGAAGAAAACAACAAACUUUAUGACGACAUUGCCAACGAGUGCUCUUAUGAUAUUAACGAAGCAAUAGAUUAUUCAGGUCCCGUAGCUAAUAUUGGAUACUUGUUGUAUCUUAUUGGUUUUACUGUAUCAGGCAAAGAUUUUGCCUGGUUCUAUGGUCAUUCUCAAAGUUUCUAUGAAGGAAUGAUCCUCUAUGUUGAUUUGAGCAAGUUUUCAAAAGAAGAAAAGGAAGAAUUCAUAAAAGAUUUUGCUAACAUUGAAGACGAAUCUAAAAAAUCUAUGGAUGAAUUCUUUGCAAACUACAAAAAACACUUACAUAAUAUCAUUUUCAAAAGUGUUCUAUUUUUCUGUUAUAAAGAAUGUAUAAAUCAAAGUAUUAUCGCUCUCACUAAUUGUAUUGCCGAUGUUAUGCCGUGUCUUCAAUCAGAGAUUAAGUUCAUAAAAAACAAAUAUCUAAAUAAAGUUCAUCCAGAAUUCAUAGAUUCAGAUUUAUACGAUGCUAUAUUUGAGGAUCCUGAUUAUUACUUCGAAGAAAUUGAACGCAUCCCACCUUACUUUUAUGGCAAAAUGAAAGGUUAUAACCUUAUAGCAAAUCAACAAAUAUCUCUUGCAUCGAUAAAAUCUGAAACAUCUACAAAUCAAAAGGUAUCGCGAUCUUCCGAAGAUAGUACAGAACUUAUUGAAAAUUGUAAAACAAAUGAUGACUUUUGCACGAAACGCGAAUCUUAUGAGAUUCAAUCACCAUAA